AUGUUGUAUUGGAGAAUUGAUUCUAUCUUUCAUGACCCUGAAUCAAAUAUUCUUUUCGCGUCGUUCAAAUAUGUAGGAUAUGAUUAUGCGGGUGAUAUGGAGAAAAUGAGGGAAAAUCCAAAGGUUAGAGAGUGGUGGGAAAUGACGGAUUCAUUUCAAGAGACGUUGGUUGAGGGGAGUAAAGGAAGUACGGAUGAGAAGGGUUGGUGGAAGGGUAUUGAUCAGGUUUUUUAUGUGGCAUGA